UCAGACAACAGGGCACACUUUGCCAAAUCCACCUCACUGACAGCACAUACCUCCUCAGGUCCGUCCUGUCCCUCUCUGCAGCCAUGGCCAGGCGUAAAGCAAAGAAGCCGCUGACAGACGACACCUCCAUACUGCUGGAGCCAUCAGCACCACAGUCCAAGAGAAGGCUGAGCUCAUAUACAUCUUCAGCUUUGUUGUUCAUAACUAUCUUCGUGGUCGGGGUCAGCAUAAUGGGGUGGUUUUGUGUCUGGCAACAGCAGAGCAUCGAGCAACUGUCCGACACUUUUACAACAAUGCAAAAGAGAAUCACAAACUUCCAGCAGGUGAUGGCCACGACCGACGAACAGACAGGUUCUGAUAUUGAGGAGAGGAUCAUGGCCCUUGAGAAGGCUCACAAACAGGCCCAGGAGAAGGCUGAGGUUGCCCAGGCUGCAUCAGAGAAGCUGAAGAACUCCAAUCUCUUCUCACAGAUCUUGGACCUCCAUGAUGAGAUGGACAUCCGGUUAGCUGAAAUAAACCAGGUCUCCCUGUCUGUCACAACUCUCCAGGGCUUGUUCAAGAACCAGAGCAAGGAGUUUGAGGCUGUGAAAGAGAGCGUUGUGGUUGGGUUGACCUCCAGCUCUGAACUUUCUGAAAAUGUUGCAGAGCUCACAGAUGCUGUAGCCAAUGCGUGCUCCAAAGUAGACCAGCAGGUUGCAUCAGUGGAGGCUCUUAAUGCAAAGAUACAGGGACAAGCAUCAGAGCUGGAAGGGUUGAAAGACACAAUGGACCUUCAUAAAACUGCACUUCAUACAAACAAUCAGGAGAUUGCUGCAAUAAAAGAGCUUAUCAAGGCUGAACAGGCUAUGCGGGCCCAGGCACUAAAAGAGAUGCUGAAUGCAGUGCAGAUGACUCUGAACGAGCAGUUUUUCACUUCACAGACACUCCACAGCAGCGUCAUGGCACAGCUUCAGAGUUUUCACAACCAGCUGGCUCAUACUCCAUCUUGGUCUUUGAAACCAAAGUUAAAUGAAGAGAGCAAUGCAGAAGAGGGGGUCAUCUCCAGCACAGCACAGAAUACUACUGAAAUACAGGAGCACACAGCAGAAAAUGAAGAGGCUGAGCAGCAGGAUGAAGCAGAAGAAGUGGCAGAAGUUGCAGCAGAAAAUGUAGAAGAAGAGGAUGAAGCAGAAGAUGCAGAAGGAGAUGAAGAAGAAGAGGAUGAAGCAGAAGAUGCAGAAGGAGAUGAAGAAGAAGAAGAGGAUGUUGCAGAAGAAGAUGAAGAAGAGGAUCUAGCAGAGGAUGAAGCAGAAGAGGAGUCAUCAGAGGAAGAAACUGAGGAAGAACAGCCGCUGGAUCAGGAGGCAGUAAUGGAUGUUGCAGAGGACGAGGAGGAAGAAGAAGUUACAGAAGAGGAAAUGACAUCAGAAGAGGAAGAGGAGGAGGACACGACAGGACAGAGUGGGGAGCAAGAAAUAUCUGAGGAGACAGCAGAGGAGGGGAUGACAGAAGAGACAGUAGAUGAUGACAUUAUGGAGGAGGACAAUUCUGUGGAAGGCGUAGCAAGCUGGGAGACUUUAGAGGAGGAACCAGCUGAGUUAAAUAGUGAUGUCACUAUGGACAAGACUGAGGAGGAUUAAUAGUUAACCCUUAAAUCCUCCACCAGUGAAGAAGACUGUUAUUUUUUAAGUCUUAUAUAGAUAAUGGGAACCAGCUUUAACCGAUCACUGCAAAUGAUUUCUAGUUUGUUUUGUUCCACCUGAUUUUAGUGCUGGGAGAUUAAUUAAGUCUCAAUUUCAAUUAGCUUAAUGACAAAAUAGGAGUCUCUUGAGCUUGUGCCCCUCCACAGGUGGAGGUCUGUGCUCUCAGAAAAGGACUUUAGAUGCUUAAAAGACUCACUGUCACACAGGCAGAAUCUAAAGAAAAAAUUAGAGUACACACUUUAGGCAGCUUAUUCUGAACUAAUUCAGUUAGUCAGGUUAGUCCUUUGCACCUGAAAAAAAUGCCUAAAGUAAAUGCAAUUUUUCAGGGGGAUUUUUCCUGUGUGAAGAUAUCAAUUUAAUCAUCUUUUAUACAAUUUUAGCUUCCCACGAUUAGCAGAUAAUAAAGGUUAAAUGAUUACUGUGCUACAUGCCUUGUGGCUGAGAGCUAAAGAAAGAUGACAGAAUGGCAGCUGUUGGUUAAGAAAGUGGUCAAACAUCCUCAUUUAAAUGAAACCGCUUUGCUUUGAGGAGUCAGACCUGGGGCAAUUCAAAGAUGUAGAAUUUGUAAGAUGUUUCUGGCUGCUCCUCAAGACAAUACAAAAACGUUUUUCUAUCCUGUUAAAUUUGUGCACUAAUGUAAAUGUUGUAGGAUCAAUGAUUAAUGAUAUUUAUUAAGUAAGAUCUCAGUAUCAAGGUAAAUAAUCAUUAUUAUCAUUUUUGCCAUAAUCGAGCAGCCCUACCUGUUUGGUUUUCAGCGACUUGAUUGUGUUGAGAGUUUUCCAGAUCAAAAAGAUACAAAGAUUUUUUUUCAUACCUUUAAUGGAAGUUAAUUAUGCAUCAACAUGUAGUUGAUGAAUUCAUACUGAUAGUAUAGGUACAUUAUUUUCUUCAAAAAGAAGUCAAGAUUUUAUAAUUUUAGCAGCUUGAACAGGAAUAUUCUCCGUUGUGUUUUUUACUGUGGCUCAUGGACAAAGUUAAACGUUUAUUGAAGUUAUCUUUGGCUUUUGGAAACGCUAGUUGACCUUUUUCUCUGUUUUUAUACUCAGCAUACUAAAGAAUUAAUUGAUCAAUCCAAAAUAAAGAUUCAUCUACAAUGAAGAUUAGAGUCCCAGUAAAAUGUCUUUUUUGGCUUAUUCCAUUCUUGUGUCUUGUGAAUUAUUCAAAUUUUUAAAUCCAGUUUUUACAUGUAACCAUCAUAGUUAAGCAACAGUUACUGGGAAUAACAAUGCAUCAGUUUUUUGUUAAGCAAGUUCAAGAAAUAAAUAAUGUGUACUGUAUGUGACCAAAAAGCCAUAAGACAAGUAAACAAACUUGGAUUUUGUCAACUUACAACAAGAUGAGAACAAGAAACAUGCCAACUCUUUGUCUUAGUAUCCAGAAACUUGGUGUGACUGUCCUUAUGGCUUGUAAUUUAACUCAAGUGCAAAAGUUAUUUAUGGUACAUGUGUACGUGCUGUACAUGUGAGUACAUAUGAUUCCCUGGUACAUGCUGAUCUCUUGUCAUGGAGCCCUUUUGUGAAAAGGUCAACGUACCAUUUUUGCCAGCAGGUGGUGCCAAAGUAUCACUACCAAUGAUCGUGACAAGCAACAAGUGUACUGAAGGAAACACUGGGCUGUCUUUGUUUUUUAAGAGGGGGUCUUUAAGAGAGCUACUGUUUGUCCUGUUGUUUAAAAUGGUCAACCAAACUUAAAGACA